AUGGUGUCGCAACUCUUCUCCACGCUGCUGGUCUUAUCCGGUUCGGCCUUUACAUCUGCCUGGCAGAAUACUGGAUCGAAUGGUAAUGUGCAGUUCGGCUAUGUGCCCGGAAACGAUUUCGGUCUGGUACAGAAUGCUACCUACGACUACGUCGGUCCAAUUUCUCCGCGAUGCUAGCAACCCGAGACUAACAAGCAAUGACAGGUUGUGGUUGGCGGCGGCACUGCAGGUCUAGCUGUGGCAUAUCGCCUGGCAGAAAGCGGCUGUUUCACAGUAGCCGUGGUCGAAGCUGGUGGAUUCUACGAGAACGAGAAUGGGAACCAGUCUGUCGUUCCCGCGUACUGUACGCACUAUGGCGAUACGACGCCUCAAUCUGCAAAUCAAUUCCCUCUCGUGGACUGGGGGUUUGUAACUCAGCCUCAGGAGGGACUUGGGGGCAGAAGACUGCAUUACGGACGUGGAAAGACGCUUGGUGGCAGGUGAGUGACAUCCCUGCUCAAAGCCAACAGGAGGAUCGAAAGCUGACUGUUCCUCUAGCUCAGCGCAGAAUGCUAUGAUCUAUAACCGUGGAACGAAAGGCUCCUAUCAGGCCUGGGCAAACCUCGUUGGAGACGACAGCUGGACUUUCGACAACAUCCUACCAUACUUCUCCCGUGGGAUACACUAUUCUCCUCCCAACACUACCUUGCGCGCUGCGAAUGCAAGUGUGCCGCCGCCUGCCAAUAUGGACGCAUAUAAUGUUACCGGUGGACCACUCGAGGUGUCCCACCCAAACUACGCUCAGAUUUUCUCUAGCUACGUUAACGGGGCCAUGCAAGAAUCUGGAAUUCCUGAGCAGCAGGACUUCAGCAGCGGAAGUCUACUCGGAAGACAAUAUGCGCCUUUGACCAUCUCCUACCCUGAAGAGGAGCGUAGUUCAUCCCAGGCUUCAUAUCUUCGCACUGCCCUGCGCAGCGGGCGGGAUAAUCUCAAAGUGUUCCCUCAUACUCUCUCGAAGAGAGUACUUUUCGACGAGAACAAAACUGCUACAGGUGUCGAAUUUGAAUCGAAGUCGUACGGGAACAUGAAUACUUUCACUUUAAGUGCUCGCAGGGAAGUCAUACUCUCAGCUGGCGCUUUCCAGUCCCCUCAGCUUCUCAUGGUCUCAGGGAUCGGCCCUCGUCAGCAGCUUGUAGCACACAACAUCAGCGUACUAGCAGACCGACCAGGCGUUGGCACGAACAUGCAAGACCACCUGGAUUUUGCGCCGGUCUUCUACACAAAUAUCCAAAACGGAGAUGGUGCGGACGCAGACCCAGCAACCCGUGGUCCCAUCGAAGAAGAAUACAAAGCAAACCGUACAGGCCAGCUCACAAACGCCGGAGUGGAUUACAUCGGAUGGGAAAAGCUACCGGAACCCUACCGUCAAUCUCUCAGCCCAAGUGCUGUUCAAGACUUGGCAAAUUACCCUGCUGACUGGCCUGAGAUUGAAUAUGAGGUCACGGGCGCUACAUUGGCGGGAACGGAUCCUUCGAAGAGAUACGGAACUAUCCUGGCGAUUCCUGUGACGCCGCUUUCGAGAGGUUGGGUUAAUAUCACUUCCGCGGAUACUAAUGACCUUCCACUCGUGAACCCCAAUCAGCUUUCCCAUCCUACUGAUCGGGAAUUGGCUGUACAGGUGAGUAAUAGAUCUUCUCUCGACUGAGCAAGAAAUUGGCUAACCAUGCUUUCCUCCCAGGCUUUCAAGCGCGCACGCUCCUUCUUCCACACCCAAGCGAUGCAGCCUAUCUUGAUCAAGGAGUAUAUGCCAGGUACCAACGUCACUACAGAUGAGCAGAUCUUGAAGUAUAUCGAAGCUAGUGCCUACCAGAAUUGGCACGCUUCUUGCACCUGUGAGUUGAACUGACAUUAGUUGACGCUUGCAUCAAUGGUCUGACCCAUUCUGACAUACCCUUUUCUGUAGGCCGUAUGGGCAAAGCCGAUGAUCCUAUGGCUGUCGUGGACUCUCAAGCCAGAGUGAUUGGCGUGAAGGGUCUGCGGGUCGCGGAUGCAUCCUCCUUUGCGUUGUUGCCGCCGGGACACCCGGAGAGUACCGUUUGUAAGUUUCUUUCCCGCCCGUGGCUAGGUGGUCCACCUGUGCAAGUCGCUAACGUGGUCUGGCUUAGAUAUGUUGGCCGAGAAGAUCUCCGCGGAUAUCUUGGAGACAGCAAUGGAAACAUGA